AUGUCUGCCCCACUUGUUAUUGCUGAAGGUAUGCUGGGGCAAAAUGUUGAGGGUGGAGAUGGGAUGGGUACUGAAGCAGGUGGAGGAUCAGCAAAAGGAUUAUGCGCCGGGAAUGGCUGGGCUGCGCUUGGAGUUGAAGUACUCAGCCUUGGCAUGAACUGCUGCCUGCUUCAUCAGCUCGGCAUAUGUGUUCCAAGGGUUGCUGUGGACCAGGUACCGGAAGUUAGACUCUCGGAGGCCACUCUUGAAAGCACCGAAGGCGGCACGAUCAUCAGUAUCUGGGCAGCGGGAGUAUUCGUGGCUGAACCUGGCUGCGUACUCCCGAAGGGGCUUGUCCUCACCCUGUCUAAGCAUGUAUAG